UAUUCCAUGCGACCACAGGUCUUUUGUAGGGAUUGCUUUGGAUGAAAGGGACUAGGGAAGCGUAUGCUAUGUUGCACGGUUGUUGACAUUAUCCUAAGAAAAGAUGAUCGGGGAAAGCGGGUGCCGCAGUACCUGAUUCACUUUAACGGUUGGAACAGAAGUUGGGACCGUUGGGCAGCUGAGGACCAUGUUCUGCGAGAUUCUGACGAAAAUCGAACAUUACAGCGUGAACUGGCGCGCAAAGCUUUGGCUCGCAUGAAGAGAAAGGGCUGGAGGAAACGACGCUGUCGUUUACCUGGUGUUAAUGCAGCUCUAAAGCCCCUUCCAGAAGAGGAGGAAGAGGAGAGCGAUGACACUUCCCAUAAAUCUGCCACUCUCACUUUGAUCUCAUCAUCUGAGGAUAGUGACGAGGACGAUUCAGAGGACCCUGAAUCUUUAAAAAGCGGAGAGAGCGACUCGUCUGAUGAUUUGGAUGAAAUGAGGGAGGAGCAGGAAGCUCAUGGCAAGCGAGAGGUUGAGGAGAAGGCCAUCGCUGUCACCAUCGAUAUACCCGACAUCCUCAAGAAGAAGCUUGAGGAUGACUGCUACUACAUCAACAAGAGGAAAAAGUUGGUGAAGCUUCCGAGUCCGAUGAACAUCGUGAACAUCCUGGAGUCGUACGUGAAGCACUUCACGCUCAACGCUGCUUUCUCUGCCAACGAGCGCCACCGCCACCGCCAGUCGGCUGCCCCGUCGGACCCAGGGCCUCAGCCUGUGCCCCCCGAGAAGAAUGAGGACCUCUGCAAGGAGAUGGUGGAUGGACUGAGGAUCACAUUUGACUUCACCCUUCCCAUGAUCCUCCUGUACCCCAAUGAGCAGGCCCAGUUUAAGAAGGUCAGCUCCUCCAAGUUCGUCUUGCCGGUCAGCGAGCCGUCGGCAGGUUCCAGCAGGUGCGACGCCUCCCUCCUGAGUCUCCAAUUCUUCUCAUCAUCCGCUCCCAGAGCCCUGCAGGAGCGCUCGCCCAGCCCAGGGGCCAACCCCUCCACCCCGCAGUCCAUCGACAGCCAGCCGGCCGUCAGCGAGACGUCCACUGGGCCGCCCCACUUUGUCCUGGGCCACGGCCCCUCCAGCACGCCCAAACGCCGGCGCGGACCCACCUCGGUGGCCGAGGCGGCCGAGUGGGCGCAGUCGCUGCGGCGCUCGACGCGCAACACGUCUGGCGGAGAGCGGGAGGGAGGGGGAGGCGGCGGCGGUGGCAGCAGCAGCAGUACCUCCCCCCCACCCAAGCGCCGCCUAGGAGACCACCACGGCACCCUGCCCAAGUUCUUCCUCAACCUGGACAGGAAGACCCCUGUGCAUAGCGGCUCCUCCUCCCCAUUACCAUUGACCCCCAGCAAAGAUGGCAGCGGCGUGUUUGCUGGUCUGGGGACUCGCAGGAACAAUGAGCUGAACGAGGUGCUGAGUUGGCGGCUGACUCCUGACAACUAUCCUCAGAGCGACCAGCCCCCCCCUUACCUCUAUGGCUCUCAGCAUCUGCUCCGGCUCUUUGUGAAACUGCCAGAGAUCCUGGGGAAGAUGCACAUCCCUGAAAGGAACCUCCGAGCAUUGGUCAAACACCUGGAGCUGUUCCUUAGGUUUCUGGCCGAGUUCCAUGAGGACUUCUUUCCAGAGUGCGCUUAUGUGUCGGCCACAGAGGCGCACUACUGCAUGAAGCAGCCGCACGCCACCUUCUGAGCGCGCUCCUCGAACUCUGACCCCUGACCUUAGGACUGAAGCCAGCCCUCCCUGGGACACCAGCUCUGCCGAGUCACCCACGUGCUCCAGUGCGGCCAGCCGGACUGAAGUCCUGCUCUCUGUGAGCGGUUGGACUGGACGACAUGACGGUCGAUCGGAUGUCUACGUCCUGCAUUCUGGCUGAGACUGCUGCAAUACUUUUUUGCUUUCUGGGCUCAAAGACUUCUCUCUUCUUCUGUGAUGUCCUGUGACUCUCACCUCUUUGCUGUCAAGCUCUUUCGCCCUGCCGACUAGACUGCCCCAAAAAAUGAAAAGACUUUUCCAGAAGAAAGAAUCCCUACACACUUUUUUGUCAUUUGUGUGACUUGUGUGUGUGUGUGUGUGUGUGUGUGUGUGUGUGUGUGUGUGUGUGUGUGUGUGUUGGCGUGUUGGCAAGGAACUGAGCCUUGUAUGUGUGUAUGUGUGUCUCUGACACUCCUGAACGCUCCAGAGCUAAGACUGUUUCAUGUGUCUGCAUCCUGAAGCAUUGUGUGUGCUGUCUGCUUUGGUUUUGUUUCCCCUUUGCUAGCUUCUAAGUGCAGUGGCAUUAGUGUGGAGGUAGAAAGUACAGUAUGACAAUCCACAUGUCUGUGUGUAUUUGUUACUUGUGUAUAUAAGGAUCUGUUGGGUCUUAGUAGUCCUUGAGAUGGCUGUUCAGUUGUAUUCUAAUGCACUGGCUUUUGUGUGUUUCUCUUCCUUUCCUAAGGCACAGUUUAGGCUAUGAUUGGAUAUGCAUGUGACUGAUGUAAAAUAUACACUGCAUUGUGCUUUAAUAGAAAAAUGUUAUUUUUUACAUUUUGCAAUUGUUGGAAAUUUCAAGGACAGUCGUGUUGUGAAUUGUCUUUAUGAUCCACAAAUACAGUUUGAUUACGAAUUUUGAA